GUCUUUAAGAAGGGACGAAACUUUCCGAAACAGUGAGCUCUCUCAGUCUCUCUGUCUCUUCUUCUCGUGCUCGCUUUGUUUCACCAGCUCUCUAACUGUUCUCUUUCCGUACGAGAUUUUUCUAGGGUUUGGAUUUCUUGGGUCGCUGUUUAAUUCUUCCUGAAAGUGGAGCAUUGAUUUCACCUGAGCUUCUUGAUCUGGGGUGGUGUCUCUCUGUUUUUUUUUUUUUUUAAUGCUUUUAAAGUCAUUUCGUCUCGACGAAGUAUUGGUGUUGAGUUGUGAGUUUCGAGCUUCAGGGAGCAUCAGAUGGAGCAGUGUAGCUUGUAGCAGCAAAAGGGGGUUACUUGCUACUGGUAAUCGCUUUAGGGUUUUUGAGUGUUUUCAAAAUUCUCGAUCUGUUUUAGGGUUUUAUGGAUUUUGGUUUUGUAACAACAUCAAGUGCACAACAGAAGCUUUGAAAUGAAUUUUUACUUUAGUUGAGCUGAAUUGUUCAGGUCAAUUAGUUUAUUUGCUGAUUGACAGCAUCGUUGUUUCAAUUUGGGGUUCUUUAAUGCACCCUGAGUUUUUCUAAUAUCAUGCUUUGGUUUGUUGUAAUAUGGGUACAUCUACUAACUGAUCCAAGCUUUUGGAUAAUUAAAUUAUUGACGAUGCUUAUAAGAUUAGCCUUAUGUUUAAUUAAAUUUCUAAUCUCAG